AUGAGAGAAAGGUUUGUGGGUCAAGAUUAUGAGCAAAACACACUCAAGAAGUAUUAUAAUCUUCAACAAGGAAGUAAGAGUGUGGAAGAGCAUUAUGAGGAACUAGAGCAUACUAGGCUUCAAGCUAAUGUCAAUGAUGAAGUGUUUUGUGAUGUUGUACCGAUGCAAGCUUGUCAUUUAUUGUUGAGAAGGCCAUGGGAAUAUGAUGUGGGGGCUAAACAUUAUGGAAGGUCAAAUAAAUAUGCAUUUCUUAAAGAUGGUAAAAAGCACAUUCUUAACCCACUUUCUACUUUUCAAGUGAGUGAAGAAUAUAGAAAAAUGGGGGAGUUGAAAGAAAAACUUGAGAGAGAAAAGAAAGAGAGGAGUAAGAGAGUGAAAAAUGAUAACUCAAGAGAGGAAAAAGGGGAGGUUGAGAGAUCAAAUUAUGAAGAUCUAUUUCCGGAAGAAAUACCAAGUGGGUUUCCUCCUUUGAGGGGAAUAGAGCAUGAAAUUAACUUUUUUCUGGGUUCUCAAAUACCCAACAAAGCGGCUUAUAGGAGCAAUUCUCAAGAGACCAAAGAAUUGCAAAGACAUGUGGAAGAACUUUUGAAUAAAGAUUUGGUGAGAGAAAGUUUAAGUCCAUGUGUGGUGCCCGUAAUUCUAGUUCCCAAGAAGGAUGGGACAUGGAGGAUUGUUGUUUUUCUUGGCUUUGUUGUAAGUUCAAGAGGAUUUGAGGUGGAUGAUGAAAAGGUAGAGGCUAUUAGAAGUUGA